AGUUGACUUACACACAUCGGACAUCAGUCAGUUGAUCGCCGUUGGCGGACUUGGACGCGCAUCGCUUCGCUUCGACUUCGCGUUGCUAUCGAUUACGAUUUCGAUUCAUUUUGUUUGUGCUCUGCCGUUGCAUCUAUGUUUAAAUGUUUAUUUUAAUUGUCGCAAAACGGAUGUGAAGUGAAUACAACCCGAUUUGAAGAGCAAGAAGCCCCGACAUCAACAUGCCGGACAAUGAUAAUGAAAUCAAACCCGCAGAGGCCAGCACAGAUGCUGCUGCAGAACCUGCAACUACCUCCCCAGCAGCUGCGGUAGCUGAUCAGCCCGAGACAAAAUCAGAGGUUGUUGAGGCCACCAAGCCAGCAGCAGAAGCAGCAAGCGAGCCUCUAUCUGAGGCAGAGCCGGCAACGAAUGGCAAAGCCAGAAAGUUGUCUGACGUAGACGAAUCGCCGCAGGAGUCAAAGAAAAAUGGUGGUGAACUAGUCGAGAGUAAUAACUUUUCUAAUGCUGUGGAGGCAGAGGGUCAGGAAAAGAAACUGCCCUAUCCCAAGUCCGUGUUCUUUAUCAUCAGCAACGAAUUCUGCGAACGAUUCAACUACUAUGGCAUGCGCACUGUCCUUGUGCUCUAUCUGAGCCGUCAAUUGGGCUAUUCCGAAAAUACGGCCACUGUUGUGUUUCACGUUUUUACCAUGUUUGUGUACUUCUUGUGUGUAUUUGGUGCCAUUAUUUCGGACUCCUGGCUGGGCAAAUUCAAGACUAUAUUGUACUUAUCCCUCGUCUACAUCUGUGGCUCGGUUCUCCUCACUCUCGGCGCUAUUGGACCCCUAAAUCUGCCGGUGGAAACGUUCACCAUACUCGGUUUAGCGCUCAUUGCGCUUGGUUCGGGUGGCAUAAAACCUUGUGUCUCCGCAUUUGGCGGCGAUCAGUUCAAGGUCCCCGAGCAGGUGAAACAGAUCACAUCGUUCUUCUCGCUCUUCUACUUCUCGAUCAAUGCAGGCUCAUUGAUCUCGACAACGGUGACGCCGAUUUUGCGUGAGGAUGUCCAUUGUUUCGAUGACAACAACUGCUUCCCCUUGGCCUUCGGUGUGCCCGCCAUUCUGAUGAUUGUCUCCGUGCUGAUCUUUGUUCUCGGUCGACCACUGUACAAGAUCAAACCGCCGGCAGGAAACAUGGUAGUGCUGGUAAGCAGCACAAUCUGGACAGCAAUCAGGACUAAGUGCAAGGAGAAGAAGACCAAUCCACGCGAACACUGGCUCGACUAUGCGGAUAAGAAGUACGACCGCCAGAUGAUCGACGAUGUUAAGGUGCUGAUGCGUGUCCUCUUCCUUUAUCUGCCGCUGCCCGUCUUCUGGGCACUGUUCGAUCAGCAAGGCUCCCGCUGGACUUUCCAGGCCACACGCAUGGACGGCGACAUGGGCUCGUGGGAUCUGAAACCAGAUCAGCUGCAGGUGCUGAAUCCGUUGCUUAUUCUUGUCUUCAUUCCACUCUACGAUGUCGCCUUCUAUCCCGCUUUACGACUUGUUGGCAUCCGGCGUCCACUGCAAAAGCUUACCAUGGGCGGCAUUUUGGCCGGCAUUGCGUUCAUCAUUUCCGGCAUUGUGGAGUUGAAUCUGGAGAAAACCUAUCCCGUAUUGCCCUACAGUCACAACACCCAACUGCGCGUCUACAACACCGAGAAUUGCGCCUACCAUUUCGAGACCAAUCUGACCAGUAUUCCUAGCUUCGAUGUGGAGCCCUCUAGUGUCUACACAAAAACUGAUGUCUGGCUAGACGAUGUGCCCACUUAUCUGCAAUACACAAUCACACCGGGAGCCGGUUGUCCCGAAUAUGAGGGUGGCAUUCACCGCCUGACCGACAACACCGCCUGGUCCUUGUUCCUCAAUUCGGGGAAUAAAACCGGCCCUGCAACCUUCUGGGAGGAGGACUUUGUGAACAAACCCUCCGACAGUUAUCCCCUCGUUCGUACCGUGGCCAAUUUAGUGCAAGAGCGUGAGAUCAGAUGGGUGAGCAGCAAGAACUCUUACGAGGCCACCGAGACGAAUUUAACUCGAGUGAACUCCAACAACUACGAUGUGUACAUCGACGGUACGCCCUACGGUAACUUCCGCAUUCACACCGGCGGUGUUUAUACGGUCCUCAUCAAGGAGAAUCCCACUGGCGUCUAUGAGCUGACGCUACACGAGGUGACCGAAUCCAAUUCAAUGAACAUUCUCUGGCUUAUACCACAGUAUGUUGUGAUGACACUCGGAGAAGUGAUGUUCUCGGUGACGGGUCUUGAGUUCUCGUAUGCCCAAGCGCCGCCCAGCAUGAAGUCUGUGCUGCAGGCAUGUUGGCUCCUCACUGUCGCCUUUGGCAAUGUUAUUGUUGUGAUCAUUGCGGAAGCAGCGCUCUUCGAUUCACAGGCCAGUGAAUUUUUCCUAUUCGCCGGUCUCAUGUUCAUCGACAUGCUGAUCUUUAUGUUCAUGGCUUACAACUACAAGCCCAACGAUCCUAACAAGAAGAACGAGGAGAUUGAACCGUUGACCGGCGAUGUGAAUAAACAGAUCGAACCGCUGUCAACGGGCGUUCCCAACAAGGCACUGGAGGUCAACGAGUAGAGCUCAUGUUCUCCGCCCAAUUAUGUUGUGUAUUAUAUGAAAAUUGUCCAUUCCCAUUCCCAUUCUAUUCCCCAUCCUAAUCCUAAUCCCACACUCCUUGUGCGUGUCCAUUUACAAUGUAAGUGAAGCUCCUCUGCUCGCGUCUGUGAGCUGUUUGUUGAAUAUAUAUGACAAGACAUACGUAUUAACUAAACUAAUCUAAAUACAAAUAAAAUAAACUUGUAAUCAUAUAA